UUGCAAAGUAGGUCACUAUGAAAGCUUUAGCACUUCUGUUGGCAUUACUAGCUUUGGUGACGACACAGUCGGCUAAUGGAAGGCGAAUCAAUGGUAAGAACGGUUGGUACAUUCCACACGCUAAUGGCAGCUUUAUUUGGAUGAGCAUGGGUAGAGUUAACAAGAAAAUGGAGCUAUAUCGAACUAUUAAACCACGUGCGGAUAGCAAAAGCAUAUCGUACAAGUUAUAUACUAGAUCACAAAUCCAGGAUCUUAGACCUAUAAAAGCAUCCAUUAAGAAAACUGAUUAUGAUAGUGCAUUGGAAACUCGCAUUAUUAUCCAUGGAUGGAAUCAGAACUAUUUGACACCCCGUGUUGCCGCGAUGGCCAAGGCUUGGGUAUCUAAACGGAACUACAAUGUUAUUGUUGUAGACUGGAGGGACUCGGAAUCAAUGCUGUACUUUCCGAGUGUGCUUGCCGUGCCGGGCGUUGGUAAAAGGAUUGCAAAAAUGAUAAUGUUUUUAAGCAACAACUUUCAACUUAAUUUGAAAAACUUGACUAUAAUUGGCAACAGUCUGGGUGCUCAAGUGGCGGGUUUCGUCGGAAAAGCUCUCGGAAAUGGUCGGGUCCGCAACAUAGUCGCCUUAGACGCCGCUGCUCCCCUCUUCGAUGAAGAUAAUGAAAACGACCGAAUUAGUGCGCAGGACGCCGCGUAUGUCGAGGGGAUUCACACCAAUGCAGGCCAUUAUGGGCUAGUCAAACCAUUUGGCCACUCAGACUUUUAUCCAAAUGGAGGAGAAAUACAGCCAAAUACUAAGGACAAGGCUUUAUCUCAUAAUCGAGCCGUUGAUUACUACGUUGAGGCUGUUCGAAAUGAUUGUUAUUCUACGGUAUUAUGCAAAAGCCUUAUAGGUGCCCUCGAAAAAAGUUGUGGAAAGAAACGCAGUAAGGUACGAAUGGGAUCCAUAAGCAAUGACCUGCAUAUAAGAGGAAUCUAUUACGUACCCGUGAAUGCCAAAGAGCCAUAUGGAGAGCUAUGUUCUACGAAAACAAUUAAAAUUAAACGAAAAAAGAGUAGGAUAGCAAAGAAGCUCCAGAAACGGAAGAGAAAUAAAAGGCGAAGAAAUUAAUAUAAUUGUGUAAGCCACAUUGACUUCGAAUAUCUGUAGAAAUAUGAAUGGAAUGCUAAUUUGCCAUAUUAGUUUUUUUUUAUAAAUUAUUGUAUUCAAAUUAAUUAGAUACAAAAAAUGCAUAUAUAAUUUAUGUACGUCUAUAAAUAUACUUUUCUUUAAUUUACAAAUCUA